GAAUCUCUAUAAAAAAAACUAUACAUCUUCUCUUAAUAGAAACAGCUCCAUUUCUCCUCAGUUUCCCUACGUUCUCCAUUCCCCUUACCAAACCAGCUCGCCUAUCUAUGGCUACUCCACUAAGGAGCAACAGCAGGCUGUCCACUGCCAUGGAGAGGACCGGCCAGUGGGUUUUCUCCCAAGAGAUUCCUACUGAUGUUAUUGUCGAAGUUGGUGAAGCCAAUUUCAAUCUCCACAAGUUCAUGCUAGUGGCAAAGAGCAAUUACAUAAGGAAGUUGAUAAUGGAAACAAAUGAAGCGGAUUUGACAAGAAUCAACCUGUCUGAAAUCCCCGGAGGCCCUGAGAUCUUCGAGAAAGCAGCCAAGUUCUGCUACGGCGUUAAUUUCGAGAUUACAGUGCAUAACGUGGCAGCUCUCCGAUGUGCUGCCGAGUAUCUCCAAAUGACGGAUAAAUACUGCGACAACAACCUGGCAGGGCGCACCGAAGAUUUCCUCUCACAGGUUGCCCUGUCUAGCCUUUCUGGCGCCGUCGUCGUUCUCAAAUCAUGCGAGGAUCUGCUUCCCAUGGCUGAGGAGCUCAAGAUUGUUCAAAGAUGCAUUGAUGUAGCCAGUGCUAGGGCUUGUAACGAGGCGAGUUUCCCUUGCCGUACGCCUCCAAACUGGUGGACGGAAGAGCUAUCGAUCCUGGACGUUGAGUUGUUUGGUAGAAUCAUUGGCGCAAUGAAACAAAGGGGUGCAAAACCCCUAACCAUCGCUACCGCUCUCAUAACUUACGCGGAGAGAUGGCUCCGAGAUCUAGUACGAGAUCACUCGGGCAACGGCAUCAAGUGUUCGGAGCCCAUUGACUCUGAUCUUCGGAUCCAGCAGCGUGAGCUUUUAGAGUCCAUUGUGCAACUGCUUCCGGCGGAGAAAGCUGCCUUUCCGAUCCACUUCUUGUGUUGCCUUCUCCGCUGUGCAAUUUUUCUGAAAGCCUCCAGUGCUUGCAGGAACGAGGUGGAGAAACGGAUCUCGCUCAUAUUGGAGCAUGUUACGGUUGAUGAUCUUUUGGUCCUGUCUUUCACAUAUGAUGGGGAGAGGCUCUUCGAUCUGGACAGCGUGAGGAGGAUCAUCUCCGGGUUUGUGGAGAAGGAGAAGAGCAUGGCUGUUUUCAAUGGCGGCGAUUUUAGGGAGGUAAGUUCCUCCGCGAUGCAGAGAGUUGCUAAGACUGUAGACGCAUACCUGGCGGAGAUAGCAACUGCAGUUGAACUUUCCAUCUCCAAGUUCAACGGCAUCGCCAAUCUCGUCCCUAAAGGAGCCAGAAAGGUGGAGGAUGAUCUCUACCGGGCCAUUGACAUCUACCUCAAGUCUCAUCCAAAUCUGGACGAGAUAGAGAGGGAGAAGGUAUGCAGCUCCAUGGACCCCCUGAAGCUGUCCUAUGAAGCUCGAGUGCAUGCAUCCCAAAACAAGCGCUUGCCUGUGCAGAUUGUUUUGCACGCUUUGUACUAUGAUCAGCUAAAGCUAAGGAGUGGGGGGGCGGAUGACCGCAACCAGCCAGACGCCGUGACCACCAGGAAUCAGUUGCAGGCUGACGUGUCGCUGGUAAAGGAGAAUGAGGCAUUGCGAACGGAGCUUUUGAAGAUGAAGAUGUACAUAUCGGACAUGCAGAAGAACAAUCAAACUGGAACUAGUUCAAAGAGCGUUGGGACCAGAAAGCCUACCUUCUUCUCUUCCAUGUCCAAGACUCUAGGCAAGCUAAAUCCCUUCCGACAUGGCUCCAAGGACACUUCCCAUAUCGAUGAUAACCUUGGAGUAGACGGUACCAAGCCUAGGAGGAGAAGGUUUUCAAUCUCUUGAUACCGCAGCUAGCUAGCUAGCUUGUUUGUUUGUUUGUUUGUGAUGCUUGAUGUUUACAUAUAUUGUUUGAUUUCUAUAUUUGUGAUAAAACAAAUCUAAAUUUCUUAAUUAUAAAAACUCAUUGUGAGCAGAA